GUUGGUGGCUUUUCCUGGGAGGACUGCAGUGAAGGGAAGGAUCCCGUGGUGCUGCAGAGCCUCUCUGUGGCACCCGACCCCAUCUCCAUCCCGGGAAGCAUGCGCAUCAGUGCGGCGGUCAAAAGCAGCAAGACUGUAGUUGCCCCUCUGAAGGCAGUGCUAGUGGUGGAGAAGGCACUGGGUGACCUCUGGAUCCAGCUGCCCUGCAUCGACCAGAUGGGCAGCUGCACCUAUGAUGAUGUCUGCACCAUUCUCGACAACAUCAUCCCACCUGGCACGACCUGUCCGGAGCCCCUGCUCACCUACGGCAUCCCUUGCCACUGCCCCUUCAAAGCGGGCUCCUACUCUCUGCCAGCCAGCGACUUCGACCUGCCUGACGUGGAGCUGCCUGCCUGGAUGACCAACGGCAAAUACCGUGUCCGGGUGGUCGCCAGCAGCGGCAGGGAGGAGCUCGCCUGCAUCAAGCUGGCCUUCUCCCUGCAGGCCCAGUGA